AUGCGAUGGGUGUGCGGAUUUUUCUGUCUGAUUCUCUCUGCACACGGACAGUAUCCGGAUUUUCGGAUCGGGAACAAUCGUCCGUACGACAGGAACUUCGACAGACCGCGCUACUUGGACGGGAGACUCCCGUACGAGAAUCGGUACCCGGGAAUCGACGUCGAACGACGAAUCCAAGAAGAAGGUGACUCAAGAUGUAACGUCAUUCAAGUGGAUAACCUCCCCCUCACGAAAAGUGUGGAAACAAACUACGGCACCUACGAAGGAAAAGUGGUCUACCUAUGUGACACCCCGUCAACAAAACGUGAGGAUCGGCCAGUCGAGCAGGGAGGCCUGAAACUCCCAAAGCGGGACUAUCCCGCAUCGGCAGUGGCAUACCUCGGAGUCCCUUACGCAGAGCCGCCUCUCGGCUUAUUCCGGUUUCGGGAACCGCAACCGUUGACUUUCAAAGGGAAUGUUGAAGCGAAGAAGUUCCGACCGGCUUGUUUGCAACACACGAACUACACCGGAUCGAGUAAGGGUAUCGAGCAUGUGAGCGAAGACUGCCUCUACCUCAACGUCUAUACGCCGAACGACGAGGUGAAUCGUGGUCAACGAUACGCGGUCAUGAUGUACAUCCACGACGGCGAGUACAGCCACGGUUCCGGAAAUGUCUUCCCGGGUCAUAUGCUGGCAGCCACCCAAGAAGUUAUCGUUGUCACCUUCAACUAUCGACUUGGAGCGCUCGGUUUCCUUUCUACGGGCGACAACUCGUCGGCCGGUAACUUCGGUCUUCUCGACCAACGAGCCGCCAUCAAUUGGGUUUACCACAACGUCGAACGAUUCAGCGGCGAUCCCGAAAGAAUAACAAUCUUCGGUCCGGGCGCAGGAGCGUCAGCUGCCGGAAUUCACAUGAUGCAGCAGAUCUAUGGAGAGAACCUUCACAUCAAGCGGGUCAUUGCCAUGUCCGGAAGCGCCGUCGCAGAAUGGGCUUCCAUCGAUGAUGCCAUCUUCGUGAGGAAUAUCUCAAGACUCUACGGGGAGCAGAUAGGCUGUUGGGCUACAGACAGCUGGCAGCUAGUCGAGUGUCUCAAAAGGAAAAGCAACAACAGCGUCGAGUUUACCUUGACAACGGUCACACCCCUCCGUGGAUGGUUGCCUUGGGGUCCCGUGUUAGAUCGAAACACGCGAUAUAAGUCUCCGGGAAUGCCGUACAGCGCUCUCGAGUAUCUUGAGAACAAAAUCCCGAGACCCGAACGAGUUCAACAGUUUUCCUACAUGACGGGAGUCAGCGUGAACGACGCUAGUUUCAUUGUCGAGAACGAUGAGGAGCUGAAGAACAUAGGCUGGCAGUUGAACAAGGACGCCUUCGAUCAAAAAAUUCGGGCGUACGCCAAGACGUACAAUUAUACGAUAAAUGAGGAUGCGAUAAUUCAGGCGAUCCGAUUCAUGUAUACACCGUGGACGGAUUCAGAGAAUUCCUCGCUCCUGCUCGAGGAAUACGUGAACAUGUUCACCGACGCCUUGUACGUGGCACCCAUGGAUCGAAUGGUGAAGCUGCUCCUCGAGAUCGAAGUUCCCGUAUAUAUGUACGUGAUGAACUACUCGUUGACCUCGAGUUAUUUCUUGCCUCAACGGAGAACGUGGAACCGGGUUCCACACGACACCGAGAGCAUUCUCGUGUCCGGGGCCCCCUUCAUGGAUCCCAAGUUCUACCCGUCCGAGUACGACUUCAAUAAAGUCUACUGGAGCGAGGGAGACAGGAACAUGAGUCAACUGCUCAUGGAGGCGUGGGCGAAUUUCGCCAAAGAGGGCAAUCCUACCCCGAAUGCCCUGUUCGGAGUGGUGGAUUGGAGACCAAUGAGGAAAGGUCUUCUCCGCUAUCUGUCGUUGAAUGCCACCUAUUACGAAGCUCAGAAUUCUUCGUCGUUCAUGUUUCAAGACUACCGUCAAAAACAGGCGCAGUUUUGGAAUUCCUACGUACCGGGAAUCUUCGGAAGAGCCGAGCACUACUGGCCCUACUGGAACGAGCUUCCUUGGGAGUACGACAUUCGCGUGUUCAGAACGUCGUUAUAUUUCGUUUCAUCUCUAGCGGCUCUGUUCCUCUUCUUCGCCUUUCUAGGGUUCUGCUGUUACUGCAGAGCUUCCAGAUACUUGCAUGAUUCGCUGGAGGAGACUGAUAAGCCUUCAACACUAAUCAUUCAACCGAAGGCGAAACCGAGGAACACUUUGAGUUCGGCGGGAGUCUCUUCUGCCAGGCACUUCACUGACAUUCUAUCUUGCAGCACGUACUCGCUGAAUGGCACACGGUACGAGUCACUCUUGGCUGUGCUGCCCAGGGACACGGCAGUCUAA